UCCGUUCAGUAUAUCCGAGCUAGGUCAAACAACGCGUCAGUGUCUGGCAGUAGCAACUAAAUCACUUCGUGUGACCUAUUUUCACACAAACUCGUGAUCAAGACUGACUAUUAUUGAAGUGAUAAUUUUGUGAUAUUAGUUUAGUUUAUAGAAAAAAAAUUGAAAAUGCCUUCUCCUCACGAGGAAAUUGAAUCGGAACUGCAGGAAGCCGGAGAAGUAAUAUCUUCGAAAUUAAUGGAAACCCGCGACAGUAUUUCAUCGAUAGACAGCGACGUAUCUUUGUCGUUCGAUAAAAAACAAGCGGGAAACACGACGGAAGACGAAGGGGCCCACAUGGCGGAUUUAAGUGACAGUUCCUCCGACACGGGAUCCAACGGCGGCGGGAAGGAUUCCGGAUGCGAAGUCGCCCCCGAAAUAACGGAACCGCCGUUCGAUCCGCCGAACGACGAAUUGGCGGACAAAAUAGUCCAGCAAGUGGAGUUUUAUUUUUCCGAUGCCAAUAUAACGAAAGACGCGUUUCUAUUGAAGCACGUCAAGAGGAAUAAGGAGGGGUACGUGUCGCUGAAAUUAAUAUCGAGUUUCAAGAGGGUGAAACACCUGACGAAAGAUUGGAGGGUGGUAGCGCACGCCUUGAACCGCUCCACCAAAUUGGAAAUCAACGAGGCGGGUACGAAGUUACGCAGAUUGCAACCGUUGCCCAAAUACGACGAAACUACCCCUUCGAGAACGAUAGUCGCCGUACAUAUGCCCGUGGAGAAACCGACGAUCGAAAACGUCGCCGAAUUAUUCAAAUCGUGCGGCGAAAUCGCCCUGAUCAGAAUAUUGAGACCGGGCAAUCCGAUUCCGGCCGACGUCAGGCAAUUUAUUAACAAAAAUCCUUCUUUGGCCGGGAUGGUUUGCGCCCUGGUGGAAUUCGUGCAUUCGGAAUCGGCUAGGAACGCCCUGGAUAUGCAACUCAUUUUAGGAGAACCGUUGAAGGUGUACGAAUUGAAUAACGUACCGCAUCCGGAAAGAAAAAAGAAAACCGUUAAUAAAAAAACAAAUAAUAAUAAUAAUAAUAAAAUCGCGUCGGAAUCUGAUUAUAUAUCUUGUCAAAGUGGUUCGGAGGCGGAAGAUUUGAAAAAGUUCGAUCCCAGAGGUAAAUUACGUCGUGGCUCUUCGUCGGCUCAAUUUCCUUCUCGAUAUAUAGAGCCUGCAGCAUGGCUUCAGAGACGUCUUAGCGCCUCCAGCACCGAAGCCAAUUUCCUUUACAUGCCCAGGAGGUUGUCUUCUAGCAGUCGAGAUUCCAGUGAAUCAUCACUUUUCAUUCCGAGGAGGAUGAGCGCGUGCAGCACGUCCAGCAACAGCGACAAUUUCGUAAGAAGAAUGUCGUCUUCUUCGGAAUACAGCAGCCCGAGAUCGAGGAGCAACAGCUCGGCUUUUUUGAACGGCGAAAACGUUUUGAGAAUGCCGAAAGGACCCGACGGAAGCAGAGGAUUCAAACAAAGACUACCAACUGUUGCACAAUAAAAUGAGAUCGACGAAAAAACAUAAAUUUUUGAACCCAAAAAAGGUAUAUCUUAUACUAAUUGAACAAUUCUGUAGCAGAGUGCCCUUAUUUAUUCACAUAUUUUUUAUCCUCGUAUUGGAAUAGAUGAGAAAAUCUGGAUCCUACUUGGCGAGAAACAAUUUUUUUCGUAAAUUUUCGUAAUAACCCUCGUAUCAUCAUAAUAAAAAUACCUUAACAAUAAAAUUAUUCGAGAACUUUUAUAGUAACCCUCGUAUCUUGAUACACAAGUUUAAAUCGUGAAAAUUUGAAAAAAAUCGUAGUAAAGUUUACAGCUUUUCAAAAAUUUUUAGAACGGCCCUCGUAUCUAACGCUAUACACAAUUUUACAUCGUGAAAAUUUGAAAAAAAAAUCAUAGUUUACUCAAAACAAUAAAAUUUUUCAAGAAUUUUUAAAUCGACCCUCGUAUCUUGAUACACAAGUUUAAAUCGUGAAAAUUUGAAAAAAAUCGUAGUAAAGUUUACAGCUUUUCAAAAAUUUUUAGAACGACCCUCGUAUCGAUCGCAAUAUACAAUUUUACAUCAUUGAAAAUUUGGAAAAAAAAUCAUAGUUUACUGAAAACAAUAAAAAUUUUCGAGAAUUUUUAAAUCGACCCUCGUAUCUUGAUACACAAGUUUAAAUCGUGAAAAUUUGAAAAAAAUCGUAGUAAACUUUACAAAUUUUCAAAUAUUUUUAGAACGGCCCUCGUAUCUAACGCUAUACACAAUUUUACAUCGUGAAAAUUUGAAAAAAAAAUCAUAGUUUACUCAAAACAAUAAAAUUUUUCGAGAAUUUUUAAAUCGACCCUCGUAUCUUGAUACACAAGUUUAAAUCGUGAAAAUUUGAAAAAAAUCGUAGUAAAGUUUACAGCUUUUCAAAAAUUUUUAGAACGACCCUCGUAUCGAUCGCAAUAUACAAUUUUACAUCGUGAAAAUUUGAAAAAAAAAAUCAUAGUUUACUGAAAACAAUAAAAAUUUUCGAGAAUUUUUAAAUCGACCCUCGUAUCUUGAUACACAAGUUUAAAUCGUGAAAAUUUGAAACAAAUCGUAGUAAACUUUACAGCUUUUCAAAAAUUUUUAGAACGACCCUCGUAUCGAUCGCAAUAUACAAUUUUACAUCGUGAAAAUUUGAAAAAAAAAAUCAUAGUUUACUCAAAACAAUAAAAUUUUUCGAGAAUUUUUAAAUCGACCCUCGUAUCUUGAUACACAAGUUUAAAUCGUGAAAAUUUGAAAAAAAUCGUAGUAAACUUUACAGCUUUUCAAAAAUUUUUAGAACGGCCCUCGUAUCGAUCGCAAUAUACAAUUUUACAUCGUGAAAAUUUGAAAAAAAAAUCAUAGUUUACUGAAAACAAUAAAAUUUUUCGAGAAUUUUUAAAUCGACCCUCGUAUCUUGAUACACAAGUUUAAAUCGUGAAAAUUUGAAACAAAUCGUAGUAAACUUUACAGCUUUUCAAAAAUUUUUAGAACGACCCUCGUAUCGAUCGCAAUAUACAAUUUUACAUCGUGAAAAUUUGAAAAAAAAAAUCAUAGUUUACUCAAAACAAUAAAAUUUUUCGAGAAUUUUUAAAUCGACCCUCGUAUCUUGAUACACAAGUUUAAAUCGUGAAAAUUUGAAAAAAAUCGUAGUAAACUUUACAGCUUUUCAAAAAUUUUUAGAACGACCCUCGUAUCGAUCGCAAUAUACAAUUUUACAUCGUGAAAAUUUGAAAAAAAAAUCAUAGUUUACUGAAAACAAUAAAAUUUUUCGAGAAUUUUUAAAUCGACCCUCGUAUCUUGAUACACAAGUUUAAAUCGUGAAAAUUUGAAACAAAUCGUAGUAAACUUUACAGCUUUUCAAAAAUUUUUAGAACGACCCUCGUAUCGAUCGCAAUAUACAAUUUUACAUCGUGAAAAUUUGAAAAAAAAAAAUCAUAGUUUACUCAAAACAAUAAAAUUUUUCGAGAAUUUUUAAAUCGACCCUCGUAUCUUGAUACACAAGUUUAAAUCGUGAAAAUUUGAAACAAAUCGUAGUAAACUUUACAGCUUUUCAAAAAUUUUUAGAACGACCCUCGUAUCGAUCGCAAUAUACAAUUUUACAUCGUGAAAAUUUGAAAAAAAAAUCAUAGUUUACUCAAAACAAUAAAAUUUUUCGAGAAUUUUUAAAUCGACCCUCGUAUCUUGAUACACAAGUUUAAAUCGUGAAAAUUUGAAAAAAAUCGUAGUAAAGUUUACAGCUUUUCAAAAAUUUUUAGAACGACCCUCGUAUCGAUCGCAAUAUACAAUUUUACAUCAUUGAAAAUUUGGAAAAAAAAUCAUAGUUUACUGAAAACAAUAAAAAUUUUCGAGAAUUUUUAAAUCGACCCUCGUAUCUUGAUACACAAGUUUAAAUCGUGAAAAUUUGAAAAAAAUCGUAGUAAAGUUUACAGCUUUUCAAAAAUUUUUAGAACGACCCUCGUAUCGAUCGCAAUAUACAAUUUUACAUCAUUGAAAAUUUGGAAAAAAAAUCAUAGUUUACUGAAAACAAUAAAAAUUUUCGAGAAUUUUUAAAUCGACCCUCGUAUCUUGAUACACAAGUUUAAAUCGUGAAAAUUUGAAAAAAAUCGUAGUAAACUUUACAGCUUUUCAAAAAUUUUUAGAACGACCCUCGUAUCGAUCGCAAUAUACAAUUUUACAUCGUGAAAAUUUGAAAAAAAAAUCAUAGUUUACUCAAAACAAUAAAAUUUUUCGAGAAUUUUUAAAUCGACCCUCGUAUCUUGAUACACAAGUUUAAAUCGUGAAAAUUUGAAAAAAAUCGUAGUAAACUUUACAGCUUUUCAAAAAUUUUUAGAACGGCCCUCGUAUCGAUCGCAAUAUACAAUUUUACAUCGUGAAAAUUUGAAAAAAAAAUCAUAGUUUACUGAAAACAAUAAAAUUUUUCGAGAAUUUUUAAAUCGACCCUCGUAUCUUGAUACACAAGUUUAAAUCGUGAAAAUUUGAAACAAAUCGUAGUAAACUUUACAGCUUUUCAAAAAUUUUUAGAACGACCCUCGUAUCGAUCGCAAUAUACAAUUUUACAUCGUGAAAAUUUGAAAAAAAAAAAUCAUAGUUUACUCAAAACAAUAAAAUUUUUCGAGAAUUUUUAAAUCGACCCUCGUAUCUUGAUACACAAGUUUAAAUCGUGAAAAUUUGAAACAAAUCGUAGUAAACUUUACAGCUUUUCAAAAAUUUUUAGAACGACCCUCGUAUCGAUCGCAAUAUACAAUUUUACAUCGUGAAAAUUUGAAAAAAAAAUCAUAGUUUACUCAAAACAAUAAAAUUUUUCGAGAAUUUUUAAAUCGACCCUCGUAUCUUGAUACACAAGUUUAAAUCGUGAAAAUUUGAAAAAAAUCGUAGUAAAGUUUACAGCUUUUCAAAAAUUUUUAGAACGACCCUCGUAUCGAUCGCAAUAUACAAUUUUACAUCAUUGAAAAUUUGGAAAAAAAAUCAUAGUUUACUGAAAACAAUAAAAAUUUUCGAGAAUUUUUAAAUCGACCCUCGUAUCUUGAUACACAAGUUUAAAUCGUGAAAAUUUGAAAAAAAUCGUAGUAAAGUUUACAGCUUUUCAAAAAUUUUUAGAACGACCCUCGUAUCGAUCGCAAUAUACAAUUUUACAUCAUUGAAAAUUUGGAAAAAAAAUCAUAGUUUACUGAAAACAAUAAAAAUUUUCGAGAAUUUUUAAAUCGACCCUCGUAUCUUGAUACACAAGUUUAAAUCGUGAAAAUUUGAAAAAAAUCGUAGUAAACUUUACAGCUUUUCAAAAAUUUUUAGAACGACCCUCGUAUCGAUCGCAAUAUACAAUUUUACAUCGUGAAAAUUUGAAAAAAAAAUCAUAGUUU